UUUUUUUUUUUUUUGCAAACAUGUAAAUCAUGAUUCUAUGUUCCAUGUGCAAGUUCAUUUUUUAUUUUCAUGACUACGUCCAAAUACUGGCCAACCAGAUACAGAGAUUUAUACCGGUGUAUUGAGGGGGUGACAUUGACCAAGCCUUAACAGCAUCAGAAACAGAAUACAUACAUUGAUUUCUAUUAGGUUGCAAAAAAACCCACCAAAAAACGCUUGUUUCAGCUUUUUAAUGUAGCCAAUAGGUAUGGAGUUCUCUUUUUAUUCCCAUUGAAAGAGGUCAAUAUACACAUGUAUAAUUAAACAUCGGUGGAUAAUUCAUCAGCCUACAGUUGGUGGAUUUUGAAAAGCGACAAAACAUAAUUUUAUAAUAAAAGAACACGUAUUUUAUUUUGCAAAAUGGCAUCCAGAGCUGGAUUUUGUUUCACUCCCUUUAUUGCAAAGCUAACACUUAUUUGACUGUUGACAAUGUAUAAAUCGCCUUAGCGAGCAGGUAUUUGAUAAAAACCCACGUAAAAGCUCUGCCCAAUGAAGCGAGUCCUUGCUACUGCCUCGCAAGACUGGAAAGUAAAGACUGAAUGUUAAUUUUAUUUCUUGCAUAAAUUGACGAACAGUAGUGAAUUUUCUCGCUUCACUGACUUGUGAUUUUCCUUUCGAAAAAGGACUUUAAUAUUGAUCAAUAAUGUCAGUCCCACUGUGAAAACCACACGUGUUGGAAAACAUAUACCUCUGGCACAGGACGGUUCAAGGUGUAUUUGUUAUUAGGUAAUUUUCAGUAACGUUGAACAAUAGCAUGCGGACAUAUUUGCAUUCUUCCUCACGGAAAUACACACUGUGGCCCAAAGUGAACCUCCUCCGCAAGUAGUCUGACUGUAAGAAGACGGGACUUAUUGGAGAGCCGUGUUUCUCGUAGUUAGAUCCCAUCGUGUCCUUGGUGUCGUUGUUUGGACAGGAAAAUAUAGAAGCAUCGACGGAUCAUUUCACAUCUGCGACAAAAGUUUGAAAAUAUAGGAAUGGAUAAAAAUAUUAUGAAAAAAAAGGCCUGGUACCUUGGAACAUGGCGUCAAAGUGUUCUAGCGGACAAUGUGAUCAAACAAAUUCAGCAGCUGGUGGCCAGAAAGAAGGGAAACUCGGUAAAACUGUGCAUGGCCAGGGACGGGAUCCGUGUUUUUGUGUCAAAUCUGCUUCAGGGUAAGGUGCUAUUUGAUCACAUACCCUUCACUGACUUGUAUUUUAUGACUGUUAAUCAACAUAACCCUCAAUGUUUACUGGUGAUUGCGAAAGACCCAAGAUACAAGUAUAGAAUUAUCGCGUACCGCUGCGAAAAUGCUCUAGAUGCUGGGAUUUUUAUACAGCAUUAUAAGGAUAUACGAAAGUCUGUUUCGUCAGUGGAGGGAUAUAACAUCGAACUGAAAAGGUCAAACGAAGGAAACUGGACUCUGAGGUCUAAACAACAGGAGGAAGACAAAAGGCAAUUGAAAACAAUUGUUAACAUGCGGACACCGACUGUGCAACAGAAUGGAAAUGUACAAACCGCAGACACUAAGGUAUCAGUCAUGAAUGGAGACUCCAAAUCAGAUGGAAAUAAAAACACGGCAAUGAUAAUUCAGACUCGCGUCGAAAAUUCGCCACCAUCUCCAAGAACUAAAGUUACCUUGGAAAAGAUUUACCGAAAGGGUAAAACUCAAAACAAUAUCGGAAUUCAAGCUGCCGGAACUGGAGUGGAGCGGUAUUCUGACAAUGUGUCCGAAACAUCUGAGUCAAACCAAUCAUUUCAGAAUGAACUAAAUUACUUAUCUACUGAGCUGCGAGAAAUAAAGUUCAUGCUAGAGAAAUCCACAGGAAUAAGCGCUGAAGUCUAUCAUGACAGGAAUGGGAAGGAAAUUCGGACUGAAUCCGCGGAGACAGAAACAGAAGUGCAAGUUAUCAAGGCAUUGGAACCAAUAGAUGCCAUUGUCAAAGACGAAGAGGAGGAAGAGGAGGUCAAACUGAGAGAAGUUCACAACGACGACGACGACAGCCAGAAGAUCCGCGUGUCCGUGCCCGACUAUCGUAGUCUCGGAGUGCAGGCAUCAUCAAAAACUCUACCCCCACCACCAGAAAAGCGCUCUGCAACACUGCCAGCUUCCUUCAGAGAGACACAACCAGACGGACCAGAAUUGCUACGCGCAAGUACGACAAAUUACCAGUCUUGGAGGGACGAUGUGGUACUUCGUGGUCGAAUAGGUCGAUCUGCAAGGCCAAGGACCGCCUUAUAUAGCACCAGCAGUUAUACAAGUACAGAUGGAAGCAUGCAGGGAAGUUUACGGGGGGCUCCCAAUGGCGUCCAUGUUCAUUUCGAUCAACCGGUUCCAAAAGGAUCCGUUGUAUACAGAAAGAAAGCAAUAUCCACAACUGUUCAGAAGCCUAUCGAGAAGGUUUACCAGCGUCCACAUUCCGUUCAUUCCUCCAGUCGCCCUUACGUUGUGCACCAUCAUCACCAUCAUGGGGUACCAGUUUAUCAGACGACCGUACCAACCACACUCGACCUUAAUCAAAAUAAGGUGAACGGGGUAGUGAUGACGAAUGGGCAUUCUCCCAGCUCGCCUCGAUCGUCCAGUGGAUUCUUCAUCCGAACAUGAGUGUUUCGUAACUGCUUGCACCUAUCUGUAAACAGUGCGCAUAACCUUCGAUCUUACAUGUGAUCUAUUUAAAAACAAGAACGCUUUUGAAAGGACUGUGCAUUAUAAACUCAUUAUCGAUGUACACCGAGCAUAGUUCAUGUAUUAACUAGUAUUUACACAUGUGGUGAGAUAAUGCACAUUGUGUUUUUGUGUGAUCUUACUGUCGCUGAAAUAUGUUAUUGGAAUUUUAGCUGUGCAGAUACAUUGCCGGGACUUUUGUGGCCAGUCGUGUGUUUACAUUCUGAUAUUCGAUAUUAAAACCAAAACGGGCAUUCACCCUUUAUGAUUCUUGGUGGUUUCGUUACUUGUACAUUCGGGCCUCCUUUAAAGGUGCAUACAAUUUGUAAAUGUUUGUGUACACACACUGCUGGUAGACUUGCUGUUUGUGACUGUCUUUUCAUACCAAGAGAGAUGUGAUAUUGUUCAUAUAAAGAUAUUUGUAUAUUGUUUGGACUCCGCAGGUGAAUGGCCACUUGCUGGGUAAAGAUUAACCAAGAUUUUGCCAAAUCAUGCUUUACUAUACGAAUUGUACAAAUGUAACUUACUACGCUGAAUAGAAUUUAGUUAUAUCGCUAUGAGUUGUAGUGCAAAAUAGGAUAUACUAUAAUUUACUAUACAACAAGUUACCCUAUAAAUAUGCCAGCAUGUAGUAUGUGGCUGUUGUUUUUCUUACUAAAGUCCUAUAAAUCUUGUGAGAAGAGGAUUGGGUUCUUUGGAAGCAUUAAAAUUCCAACAACAGAAGAUUUUUAUUCCUAAUUCGUUAGCUAAUAAGCUUAUUGCUAAUACACAUGCCCACUAUUGGCACUCCAUAAACUUUAAUUCAUUUGAUUUUAAACAUACACUCUCGUGAUAUCUGAUGAAAAUAUUAUCAAAAUGUGUACAUGUACAUUUAUUGCAAAUUGCUUUGAUUUUGUAAUCUUGAUAUAACAUAAUCUGUACUCAAAUAUAUUGGGGUUUUUCACAUGUGCGGAAGAUUUACAUUAAAUUCGUACUUAAGACAA